CUGCACUCCUGACCAUUAAAGAGGAACCAAAUGUCCAUUGCUGUCUUACCUGGGUUGAUUUACCUGCCUGAAGGAUCCGCUCUUCCUCCCUCAUCUUCCCUGCACAUCGUGACAGUUUGUGACACAAUGCAUUGUGGGAAACUUUACUGUCCCAAGUCCGCAGAAGGAUGCAUUGAUGCAUCCUCGAUACAAUGGGCAGAGCAAGAAGACAUCCGGGAGCUUUGAACAAACUUUCUGUUGUGCACACUCAGGAUUGGAACAGUCCUUGGGCCAUCGUUGAUGACGUUUCACAAGGACGUGGAUCAAUAAGUCUUGGAGCUGGUGAUGAGCUGCAGGUUAAACAGGAAGACCUGUCUCCAAAUGAUUCAGCUCCAAAUAAGUUGUUUCCUUUUCUGGAGAAAGGUGCUAAAGUAAAAAGGGAAACUAACGGGAAGGCCGCAGUGAGUGGGAAUGUGACUUUUCUACAAUGUGGCAACUCUACAUCUGCUGAAUGCAGUACCGUCAACAACACCAGUAAUGAUCAGAACUCUGCAGCAUCACAGCUUGUAGGACUGGAACCAGCUCAGAGAGAAGUGGUGUCAAAUAUGUUGCCCGUGCCCUGUGACAUUCCAGAUCUUUGUCCUUAUCCAACUCGCCAUCCUAUCAGGACCUUUCCUCCUCACCCCCCUGUGACCGUUCCUCGUCCCGUGACAAGACCGACACAUCCCCCUGUGACUUUUAGGUGGCCAACUCGGCGUCCUCCUGUGACUUGGUGGCCAACUCGGCGUCCUCCUGUGACUUGGUGGCACACUCGGCGUCCACCUUACCCAAUGUUUCAUGCCUUGCCUGAAUUGCAGAACUGAAGAUUAAUUUGACAACAUGGGCUGAUUUCUGUUGUGAAUAAACAUUCUAUUUGCA